AUGUCAACCAGUAGUGUGAGGAAGAGAAGCAAUGUGUCACAUGAACAGUUUUGGGGUUUGGAACUGACGCCACUCACUGCGGGGAAACCGCAGAUUGUGCACUGUGUCUGCAGACGUUAUCUCCUCCUGUGUACAGCAUCUUACAUUGCAGAAUCAGGAGCUGCUGUGAGACCUGUGGUUUCCCUCUCCCCAAACUGGACCCCAAUAUUCCCAGGGGAGUCUGUAACUCUGAGCUGUAAUGUGGCUCCUACUGCCCAAGGGAACCUGGGAUAUUCCUGGUACUGGGAGGGACAGCGGAUACGUGGGGAUCAGCAGAGUCUUUUCAUUCAGCCUGCCAGAGAGACAGACAGUGGGGAUUACCAGUGCCAGGCCGGUGCCAGUGAGAGAAGUGCCCCUGUUACACUGGAUAUUUAUUAUGAUCCCCUCAUCCUGCAGGCGCCCCCUGCUGUUUAUGAAGGGGACUCCCUGACUCUCAGGUGUCAACGUCGACCUGGAUACGAUACAAGGAACCCAGUAUUCUACAAGGACAAUUAUGCCAUUGGGUCCCCAGUCAGUGGCUCUGAGUUACACAUAGGGAGAGUGGAUGUAACUGCGUCUGGUACAUACUUAUGUGAAGAAAAAAGCUCUUUCAAAACUCUUAAAGCUGAAAAUUACAUUUCCGUUUCAGAGCUGUUCAGUUCCCCACAUAUAAAUGUGAGCCAAUACUAUUUGAUAGAAGGAGAUCACAUGACCAUAACAUGUGACACAAAGCUCAGCCCACACAGAGAGACUACAGAGCUGCAGUUUGCUUUCUACAGAAAUGGGCACAAUGUGCAGGGAUUCAGUUUAUCCAACCAAUAUGGAGUCCCCUCAGUUCAGCUGGAGGAUUCUGGGAAUUAUACCUGUGAGGUACAAACUCCAACCGGCAGUGUGAGGAAGAGGAGCAGAGAGGCACAUAUCCACAUACAGGAGCUGUUCAGUUCCCCACAAAUAAAAGUGAGUUCAGAUCAGGUGACAGAAGGAGAUCACAUGACCAUAACAUGUGACACAGAGCUCCACCCACACAGAGAGACUACAGAGCUGCAGUUUGCUUUCUACAGAAAUGGGCACAAUGUGCAGGGAUUCAGUUUAUCCAACCAAUAUGGAGUCCCCUCAGCUCAGCUGGAGGAUUCUGGGAAAUAUACCUGUGAGGUACAAACUCCAACUGGGAGUGUGAGGAAGAGGAGCAGCAUGGUGCAUAUCCACAUACAGGGGAGAUACCAAGUUAUUCCGUGGGUGAAUCUCCUGAGACUGAUAUUGUCUUUCUUCAUAUUGAUCUGGACCGUGUGUUUGAUCUUCCACAACAUAAAGACUCAUGGAACUAGGGAACAUCACACAGGGGGAGAUUAG